AACGGCGCUGGCGGGUAGACCUAGGUGUUGGUGUUUUGGCGGUGCCGUCUGUCUACUGGUUGAUUGCCCGGAUUACGGAAAUUCGGCUGGAAGAAGGAUGAAGAUUAUAGUUGGUGUUGAGUAGUGCCUCCGGGGAAGAUUUUUAACGCUGAAUUCGUGAAUGCAGGUCAUAAGCAUGAAGCGCAGUUCAGUGUCCACCGGUGGUGCUGGCCGCCUCUCUAUGCAGGAGUUAAGAUCCCAAGACUUCAAUAAACAAGGCCUCUAUACCCCUCAAAACAAAGAGAAACCAGCCUUUGGAAAAUUGAACAUUAACAAACCCACAUCUGAAAGAAAAGUUUCUGUAUUUGGUAAAAGAACUAGUGGACCUGGAUCUCGGAAUAGUCAAUUUGGUAUAUUUUCCUGUUCUGAAAAAAUCAAGGACCCAAGACCACUUAAUGACAAAGCAUUCAUUCAGCAGUGUAUUCGUCUACUCUGUGAGUUUCUUACAGAAAAUGGUUAUGCAUAUAGUGUAUCCAUGAAAUCUCUACAAGCUCCUUCUGUUAAAGACUUCCUAAAGAUCUUCACUUUUCUCUAUGGCUUCCUGUGCCCUUCAUAUGAAUUUCCUGAUACAAAGUUUGAAGAAGAGGUUCCAAGAAUCUUCAAAGGGCUCGGGUACCCUUUUGCAUUAUCCAAAAGCUCCAUGUAUACAGUGGGGGCCCCUCAUACAUGGCCUCACAUUGUGGCAGCCUUGGUUUGGCUAAUAGACUGCAUCAAGUUACAUACUGCCAUGAAAGAAAGUUCACCUUUAUUUGAUGAUGGCCAGCCUUGGGGAGAAGAAACUGAAGAUGGAAUUAUGUAUAAUAAGUUGUUUUUGGACUACACCAUAAAAUGCUAUGAGAGUUUCAUGACCGGUGCCGACAGCUUUGAGGAGAUGAACGCAGAGUUGCAGUCAAAACUGAAGGAUUUAUUUAAUGUAGAUGCUUUCAAGCUCGAAUCAUUAGCAGCAAAAAACAAAGCACUGAAUGAACAGAUUGCAAGAUUGGAACAAGAGAGAGAAAAAGAACCGAAUCGUUUAGAGACAUUGAGAAAACUGAAAGCAUCCUUACAAGCAGAUGUUCAAAAAUAUCAGGCAUACAUGAGCAAUUUGGAGUCUCAUUCAGCAAUUCUUGACCAGAAAUUGAGUGUUCUCGAGGAAGAUAUUUCUAGAAUAGAACUAGAAUGUGAAACAAUGAAACAGGAGAAUGUUCGACUACAGAAUAUUGUUGACAACCAGAAGUACUCAGUUGCAGAUAUUGAGAGAAUAAAUCAUGAAAGAAAUGAAUUGCAGCAGACGAUUAAUAAGCUAACCAAGGACCUGGAGGAUGAACAACAGCAGUUGUGGAACGAGGAGCUAAAAUAUGCCAGAGGCAAAGAGGCGAUUGAAACACAAUUAACAGAAUACCACAAGUUGGCUAGAAAAUUAAAACUUAUACCUAAGGGUGCUGAGAAUUCCAAAGGUUAUGACUUUGAAAUUAAGUUUAAUCCUGAAGCUGGUGCCAACUGCCUUGUCAAAUACAGAGCUCAAGUUUAUGUACCACUCAAGGAACUCCUGAACCAAACUGAAGAAGAAAGUAAUAAAGCUCUAAAUAAAAAAAUGGGAUUAGAUGAUACUCUAGAACAAUUAAAUACAAUGAUAACAGAAAGUAGAAGAAGUGUAAGAAGUCUGAAAGAAGAAAUUCAAAAGCUGGAUGAUCUCUACCAACAAAAGGUUAAGGAAGCUGAGGAAGAGGACAAUAAAUGUGCCAAUGAGCUGGAGUCCUUGGAGAAACACAAGCACAUGCUGGAGAGUGCUGUUAACGAGGGCCUCAGUGAAGCUGUGAAUGAAUUAGAUUCUAUUCAGCAGGAAUACCAACUAGUUGUACAGACCACAACUGAAGAGAGACGAAAAGUGGGAAACAACUUGCAGUGUCUUUUAGAGAUGGUCGCUACCCAUGUAGGGUCUGUGGAGAAACACCUUGAGGAGCAGAUUGCUAAAGUGGAUAGAGAGUAUGAAGACCAUGUGUCUGAAGAUCUUUUGGAAAAUAUUAGAGAGAUUGGAGAAAAGUAUAAGAAGAAAGCUGCUCUAAUUAAGUCUUCUGAUGAAUGAAGAUUAAAAGUUAUCCAAGCAAGAACUUUGUAAAUAGUAUAAAUUUUGAAAUUCCUUUGUAGGUUUGAAAAAUCUCUAACAUUCUAUACCUCUUCUUACAAUGAAAUCUCAUGAACACAUUUUCCCUUGCCUGUGAGAUAUUUUAUAGCUUUUAUAUGUCUAGUUCAUUAACUUAAAGUAUAUAUAACCUAACAUUAUAAAAAAUUGCCUGUUUGUUCUCUUUAGAUAUAAGGACCACUUGUAUUAUGUACCCAGAGUUAAUAAAAUAUUAUCAAUAAAGUGGUUUUUUCUUGAUUUUUCUGCCUGUUUUCAGAUAGUUAGAAAGGUAUUUUGAUCUAAACCAAGAGUCAGCAAACUGCCUAUGGGCCAAAUCUGGUCACCCAUUCAUUGAAGUAUUGUUUAUGACUGCUUUCAUAUUACAAUGGCAGGGUUUAGCAUGUGCAGCAGAAACUAUAUGGUCUGCAAAGUCAAAAAUGUGUAUUAUUCUGGCCCUUUAUAAAAAAAUUACCAGUCCCUGGUAUAAAUUAUGCAGGGUUGGUAUUAUUCAACUGAAAAACUUUCUUAAUGACUUUGCACCUAUAGUUUAACCCACUCUUUAUUCAGAGCCAAGAAGCUAAAGUUCUUUCUGGGGUUUUGCCAUCUUUACUCUGAAAUAAGUAGAAGAAUAUGGAAUGUGAGAAUCAGAAGAAAUAAUAUAACCUAGUUCAACUUCAUUUUAGAGAUGAAAGUUCACUCCUAAAGAAGUUCUGGUUUAUCUCAGGUCACAGCUCUUAGAGGUCAAAGCCACACUGGAAUUUAUUGAGUCGGUGUGUAAUCCUGAGGACAGCCACAAGAGCCAUGAAAUCUGAAUAUGCUGGAUGCUGAGAAAGUGUUGCAUUCUGAGAUUUUAGACAGGUCUAAACUGUUAGGAAGCUCCUUUAACAUCUGCCUUCAGUUCAACUGUAUUCUUUAAACUUUGUUUCAUCUCUGAUGCAACUCCAAAUAGCAGGAAAAAUGAAACACACUAUACAAACUUAACUGAAAUUCUAGCUAAGCUUUAUGGAGGGCAGUCUGAAAGUGCAGUUGGGUUGUAGCUGGAGAUAUCUAGCAGUUAUGGCAAAAUGGAUAAUUACCAGUGUAUUCAAGAAUUUUGACCACUGAUGUCCUACAGAACUUCCUCCAGUGAUGGAUUUUAUCUGCACUAUUCAGUAUGACACAGUAUUUAUUGCAUACUCAAAUAUAUGACAAAAUUAAGACUACUCAAAGGUUUGCCACUCAAAACUGUGGAAACACCUUCAGCAACACCUGGGAGCUUGGUAAUACAGACUCUUGGCCCCACCGCAGAUUUACUGAGUCAGAAUCUGCACUUUUAUAGUGUACUGAUUUAAACUGCAUAUUUGAACUUUUCAUAGGUUUGAUGUAUUUAUGCACAGUCCCAUAAAAUCAUAGUUGAUCUAA